UUGUACACAACAGUGGGAUGGGCGAGAGUGUGGUAGAGGCUGUCGAUGUUCUUCCUCCAUCUGAGUCUUAAAAUUGAAGGUCAUCAUCCGCUACUGGUGAUUUCUAUUGUGUUUUCUUCUUCUACUAGGAAUCUAGGUUAAGUCUGUAUCAAAUUAUUCUAAAUGUUGACUCCUUUAUGUAGGUUUUUAGCAGUGAGGAGGAGAGCUGCGAAAUGUAUUCACUGGAACUGGGCAUUGCGGUCACUGUGCACAAAACCAAGUACUGAGGACUAUGAUGUUUGUAUUGUCGGCGGUGGUAUCGUUGGGCUGGCAGCCGCUAAGGAGCUGAUAGAGAGACAUCCCAACCUUAAAUAUGCCGUAGUUGAAAAAGAAAAAGAACUCUCUGUACAUCAGAGUGGUCACAACAGUGGGGUGAUCCACGCUGGGAUCUACUAUACACCAGGCUCUCUCAAAGCUAGGCUGUGUGUGGAAGGAGCAGAGCUGGCCUACAAGUACUGCGAUGAGAACGACAUUCCAUAUAAAAAAUGUGGCAAGUUGAUAGUCGCUGUUGAACCUGAAGAGAUUCCAAGACUUGAGGCACUUCAUGAACGAGGUCUUAAGAACAAUGUCAAGGACAUGAAGAUGGUUGGCCCUGAUGAAAUCAGGGAGAUUGAACCACACUGUAGGGGAGUGAAAGCGUUGACAUCACCCCAUACUGGCAUUGUUGAUUGGGCUAGAGUUGCCAAAUCAUUCGGAGAGACAUUCAACAAGAAAGGGGGACACAUCUUCACAGAGUUUGAGGUCAAGGGCUUCCAUAUGACGAAAGAAGGUGCUGAUUAUCCAGUAACAAUUGAAGGCAACAAAGGGAAAUCUCUACGUUGCCGCUAUGUGUUGACCUGUGGAGGACUGUUUGCUGAUCGGUUAGCUCAACUCUCAGGAUGUAAUCCCAUCCCUAGAAUCGUUCCCUUCAGAGGGGACUACCUGCUCCUCAAACCAGAGAAAUGUCAUCUAUCAAGAGGGAAUAUCUACCCUGUGCCUAACCCUAGCCUGCCAUUUCUAGGAGUGCACUUCACACCUCGUAUAGACGGUAGUGUCUGGCUGGGUCCCAAUGCAGUCUUUGCUUUUAAGAGGGAAGGAUACAACAUGACAGACUUCAAUGUGAAGGAUGCUGUAGAUUCUCUAAGCUUCCGUGGAUUACAGAAGUUGGUGUUCAAGAAUUUCACGUACGGUUUGAGUGAGAUGUACAAAGGAGUGUUCAUUGCUGCACAAGUGAAGCAACUACAGAGAUAUGUACCAGAGUUAAGAGUACAAGACGUGACAAGGGGUCCAUCGGGAGUAAGAGCCCAAGCGCUGGAUAUGGAAGGUAAUCUGGUUGACGAUUUUGUCUUUGAUGGCGGUGAGGGCGCUAUAGGAAGCCGGGUCCUUCAUGUGCGUAAUGCCCCGUCGCCUGCUGCCACCUCCUCUCUGUCCAUAGCCAAGAUGAUCAUAGAUAAAGUAGAAGACACAUUCUCACUCUAAAAGUCACUAAACCCUUUUAGAGGCAACGGCCUACUGUAUAAUCAUCACCCACGACAACCUGCUCCAAUUUUGCAACCUGUUCUUUUCAGUGUAAAUGCAUUGAGCAAAAUAUCUUUAUCUUAAGCUCAAAAUAAGAAUCUUCUGUCAUCCUAGAAAUGGUACAUGGUGUGGUAGUAACUUUAUACCAUCUUAACAGAUUUUUUUGGGUUGAGAGCCAAUGAUGGGCUACAAAGACGCAUGCACAUGGAUCAUUGGAACAUCAGGGAUGUAGCCCACUGGGUACAUUGCCUGGGUGGUGCCCACUUAGCUGUUGGUCAUUUCCAAUGCCUGGUUCAAUAGAAAUAGCCCUGGGUUCAAGGUUGUAACUACCUGGUACUAGGUCAAUUUAUUUACAUCCCUGUGUGAUGUGCUGUAGGGAACAGUGAAGCAAUCUUUCUAUAAAUGGCUGCCAUUGUUAUUUACGAUUUGUUCAUCACUGUUUGUCUGUUUUUUUAACUGCUAGUUUCACCAUAACACUUGUAAUGUUGGAAGAUAAACAUAUUGUCUAGAUUGCUGUGUUAUACCGCAGUAAUAGAUUCUGAAUUCUUAUUCAGGGUGAGCUGUUGCGUAGAGAAGCAACUGUUUACACAAAGAAUCUUUAUCUCAGGUUAUCCUGUAAUGUUGUGUCUUUUAAGAAGAGGACAUCUGAAUGCAUUCUCUAGAGAUAUUUUCAUUACCUCAUUCCAGCCAGUACUACAGAGAAUUUAAUAGUCUUUCAGCGCAAAGUACAAGAUUUUAAAGGCAUGGUGUAGAUUUAGUGUUAUAAGAUUGAGACAAUAGACUAACAAAAAAAGUUAGCUACAAGUUUAGACGUAAGAAAGUUAAAGUAUUUUUGAAAAAAUAAUUAUGUUUUACUUUAAUGGAUUACACUCUGAAGGGGCAUCAGUUUGUUGUCUUAAAUGAUCCAUAGAGGCUGCAUGAUGUCUCAGGGAUUUCAAUAUGGAGGCUUUGAUUGAACAUCGUCUUGUCUCCCAGUUUGAUUGUGUCUACAGAGCUUGCGCAAUGCCAGCCAACGCUUUGAGAUCCUGAGAUCAUUUACUGCAGGUGAUGACAAAAAUCGAACAAGACAUCCCACCAUCUUAGGAUGAUGACAUCCUUAAAAGUUGGAUGUUGUCUUCCGAAGAUGUUAUCCUGGGAUCUUGAAAUGAGAUGAAUGAUUCCAGGAAGCCAACAUCUUAUAUUAAGAUGCUGUUAUCCCGAGAUGUUAUCUCAGGAUGUCGUCAUCUUACAUUUAUGACUGUCAUCAUCAUUCUGGGGUAAAAUGUCUUAGGAUCUCAACAUGUCGGAUGGCACUUCCAGAGCUUCGUAGUUUUAGAAUAUAUUUUAAAGUUUAAGAAUAUAUUUUAAACUUUAUUGUAAGAUGUAGUCCUUAUAAUUAUACUCUAAUGAAUGCAGUGUUAUAUUCUUAAGAUAUGGCAUUGUUUGGUCUUAUAACCAGGGGCUUGUUUUAAGGAGUGGCUUAGCUAACCACACACCAAAAUUAGCUUGGAGGGCCACCAUUGAAAAUACCAUUUCAUAUGUACUCUUUGUGACUGGUGCCCUGAUCAUAACCUGCUUUAAGUAGAUCUAUGAAAUAAGUCCUAGGGCCCAAUGUCAUUGACUUGAAAAGUACACAUUUUGUUUAAACUCAAACAGAUUACCAGCCAAAAUUCAUUGUAGUGUUUUUGACUGGUUUUCGGCUAAUUUCUGAUCAGCAGAAAACAAAUUGCAAAGCAUAAUUUGUUGCUUAACGACGUGAUGAAAUUGGGCCUAUAUAUCCUGUGGAUGAUUGUAUGAAAGAUUUCUUCUCAUUGGUUGAUGUAUGUGAUUGUCCAUGCUUUUUGUGUGUGUGUGAUUCAGUUGACAAGUUUUAGUGCUGAUAUCAUGUUCUUACACUGAUUUUUGGAUUCUCCUUAAAGAGUUUUUUUGUGAUGACACCCCCACUGCAGACAAAAUAUAAUUAAAUAUUUGAAAUGACCCUUGCCAAGACCUAUGCAUUGGAUGACUGGCAUGUUGGUCUCUGGGACGAGUUUGCUUUGUAAUUUUGAAAGUGUUAUUUUUAUUUUGUUAUUUUUUAAUAUUUAUUGUCCAGCAACAUUAAGUACUUGCAGAAGAAGCUUAAGGUAGUUCAAAAAUGUUGAAGAAAGUUGACAACUCAGAAUUAAUAUAUUUUUUGCCAAAUUAUGGUUCAACCAUCAGUGUAAUGUCCAAAGCUUGUGGAAAUAAUAAAAAUGGUAAACAAUUUAACACAAUAAUAGUUUCUUAAGUAAGCUUAAUUGUGAUUGGUCACCAUAUUUAAAACAAAAUUUAUAUAGAUGUAUUUUACUAUAAAUAGCCACCCACUUACAGUUUUCCUUUAUGCACUUUAUUUUUAAAACUAUAUACACACUUUGUUUAGAUAUGACUAUUUUGUGACUUUUUGAACAAAUUUCACUACAAAACAACAACUGCCCUUUUUCCACUUUUGUCUGACCAGUACAAUAAGUUUCUUUUUUAUUGAAUGCAAGUUAUUUUCAGAGUAUUGGUCUAGUAGCAAUGAUCAAUGAUCAAUGAUCAAAACUUUGAACCAUCAGAGUGAUUUUCUGAUCCUGUUGUGCUUCCAUCAAUAACCUUUAAAGGCAGUGGACACUAUUGGUAGUUACUUAAAAUAAUUAUUAGCCUAAAACCUUACUUGGUAAUGAG